AUGGGUAAUGACUGCCUUUCCCAAAGAGACAACAAAAAUUCUCAAGCAAAGGCUAAUACUUUAGCUAAAGAAAAUGCUGUAAAUAAGAAAGAAAUGCUAUUAAUAAAGAAAGCUUCUCUAUACGUUAAUAAGUUAAGCUUAGAAAGUAUCCCAGAAGACCCAUCUGAUCAUCCUUUUCUCAAUACUUCAGUAUCUUUAAAUACUCAAAAUAUCACAAUCCAAUAUAUAUACGAUCACUUAAUUUCUCAAGAUGAAGCAGAACUACUGUCAUUUAAGGCUAAAACUUCUGAGCCUGAAACAAGGUUCGGAAUGUUUUGCGCAACGCUUUACCAGUGAACUACGACAAAUAAGUUUUCAGAUAACAUGAAAAUAGAGCCUUCAAUUUUUUCAAGCUUAGUGAAAGGUAUGAAAUCGGACAUCAUUGAAGAAGAGUGUUGAAGUAUUCUAGCGCUAAGGAGCUUAAGCCAGCUUAGCUAUCUUAGACAAGAUAUUAUGGAGUUUGCGAGCAUAAAUUCUUUGGUGGAGACCUUAGAAGUUGCUUGGUCACAGAAUCAUAGGCAUAUAGGCUGAAUUUUUUAUAAUUUGUAUAUAAAAUUCUAAUGAAUUUAGUUACUCAUAGGAAAAGAUUAUUUUUUGAUUAUAUAUAUGCAACUUAAAUUAGGCCAAUAUACUUGAAAUACUAUGAUAUAAAUGAUUCAAAAAACAUUGCCUUAAAAGAGCAAUUUUCGUUAUUUGCGGAUUUUGCAGGCAAAUUUGAUGAUACAGUAAAGCAAGCUUUAUUACCUUUUUUGCAAUAA